GACGGCAGCGGACAGGCUUCAACUUCAGACAGGGGUACUACACCGAAAGACGCGUUUGUUAUCACAAAACCGUCCUGGGCGUCCUUUGGAAAAACCGGAUCAGAGCGAACCGAGCAGCCAAUAUAGGUUCUAAUCAAUGGAUGCUAUUUGUGAGGGCAGGCGAGCCGUUUUAGGUUAAAGAUAGCAGUUUGUGUGGGUUGCCGUUGGCUUCAGUGUUGUGAAAGUGACUGCAUACAUUAAACAAGACCUGCCGUGCUUCAACAACUGCAACUCGACCAGUGGAGAUAUCUCAAACCCUCUUGCUGCAUCUCAGACGAAGGUAACCGGACAGUUGACUUAACACGUUUUGUGGAGGAUACUGGGAGGAACCAAUUUUUAAAAUGCCCGUGGCAACAUCCAGCUCUGACUCUGCCAUGCAUCAGGCCCUGGACACACUGAGUGACAGCACGAGCUCUACAACUGCCAAUGACCUGGACCUCAUCUUCCUCAAAGGCAUCAUGGAGAGCCCUGUGGCCCAUGAGCGAUUUGAGGAACCAAAGCUCGAGGCUGUGAGGGAGAACAACGUGGAGCUGGUCCAGGACAUCCUGAAGGAGCUCAGCCCGCUCGCACAGAGGAGCUCGGCAGCUGACGAGCUGGUCCGCAUCCUGAAGGAACCCCACUUCCAGUCCCUCCUGGAAACCCACGAUUCUGUGGCAUCCAAAAACUAUGAGACUCCUCCUCCCAGCCCCUGUUCCUUCAUGGACGCAGCUCUCAACAACCAGCCUGUGCCCCCAGACGCCGUCAGGAUGGUGGGGAUCCGUAAGGUGUCGGGUGAGCACCUGGGAGUGACGUUCCGAGUUGAGAGUGGCGAGCUGGUGAUUGCCAGGAUCCUCCAUGGUGGCAUGAUUGACCAGCAAGGUCUGCUCCAUGUGGGUGACAUCAUCAAGGAGGUGAACGGCAAGGAGGUGGGCAACGACCCCAAGGUGCUCCAGGAGAUGCUGAAGGAGGCCAGUGGCAGUGUGGUGCUAAAGAUCCUGCCCAGCUACCAGGAGCCACACACACCACGACAGGCCUUUGUAAAGUGUCACUUUGACUACGACCCUUCUCAUGAUAACCUGAUUCCCUGUAAGGAGGCAGGGCUAAGCUUCAGCAGCGGAGACAUUCUGCAGAUCUUUAACCAGGAGGACCUCAACUGGUGGCAGGCCUGUCACAUAGAGGGAGGCAGUGCAGGUCUAAUUCCAAGCCAGCUACUUGAAGAGAAGAGGAAAGCGUUUGUGAAGAGAGAUCUGGAGCUCGCUACCACAGGUCCUCUGUGUGCUGGGAUGGGAGGCAAGAAGAAAAAAAAGAUGAUGUAUUUGACAACCAAGAAUGCAGAAUUCGAUCGACAUGAGUUGCGGAUCUAUGAAGAGGUUGCCAAGGUCCCGCCCUUCAGGAGGAAGACACUGGUUCUGAUUGGUGCGCAGGGAGUCGGCCGUCGCAGUCUGAAGAACAAGCUGCUGGUGUCGGAUCCCCAGCGGUACGGCACCACCAUCCCCUUCACCUCCAGAAAACCAAAGGUGGAUGAGAGGGAUGGCCAGAUGUACUCUUUCAUGACCCGCAGCGAAAUGGAGUGUGACAUUAAAAACGGCCGUUUCUUGGAGCAUGGCGAGUAUGACGGGAACCUGUAUGGGACGAAGAUCAACUCCAUACACGAGGUGAUAGAAACGGGAAAGAUCUGCAUCCUGGACGUCAACCCACAGGCUCUCAAAGUCCUGCGGACGUCAGAGUUCCUGCCUUAUGUUGUGUUCAUCGAAGCCCCAGACUUUGAGGUUCUCAAAGCCAUGAAUCGGUCAGCAAUCGAGUCAGGAGUGGUCACGAAACAGUUAACGGACUCUGAACUAAAGAGGACGGUGGAUGAGAGUGAGCGCAUUAAGAGAGCCUAUGGACAUUACUUUGACCUGUGCAUGGUGAACGACGGCCUGGAGGCAGCUUUCCGAAGUCUACGGUUGGCACUGGAGAAACUGACAACGGAGCAGCAGUGGGUGCCUGUGAGCUGGGUCUUCUGAAAGUCACAGAGAGCUCACCAGCACAGUGCCAGAGCCGCAGGUCAAAGGUCGGAGGACGAUUUAACAUUCGCAGCCUCAGAGGCGCUGCGUCCAUGCAGUCGUUGGCGGUGGAGGUCUGUUGUGAAGGGCUGAGCGUUAUGUUUCAGUGCAAAUGACCAGCCUCAUGUAGAGCAUUUUUUGUACAAACUUAGUGUUCCUCUGUUGAGCCUAAUGUCAAAUUGUAUUUUAUUUGUCAGAAUUGGAAUAAUUCUCUUGAUAUUUGUUGAGAAGGAUUUAGAGUUGCUUAUGAGGUUUAGUGCAAUAGUGUGAGUGAGCGUGUGUAUGUUAUCAUAAACGUGGAAAUAGGCUUAGAGUAAUGCGUAUGUUUUGCAGAUCACAGUGCUCUGUUGGAGGUUUUCGUUGAAGGAUAUUAAACUUUUUAGCCUUUCCAAAUCUUAAAUACUUUAUGUAGUGUAAUGUUUACAUUGGAUCGGUAGGUCAAAUUGGUUACGGAAAAAUACCAAAUGUCACAUUUGUGUUAAAUUCUCUAUAUUUUAAUCAUUUGAUCCAUACAGUAUGAUUGUAUGUGUUCAGAAAUGUGCUUUAUCUUGUAUGUCUCCACUCAUUUGAAAAAUGAACAGCAAUAGACGAUUAUAAACAAAAACAUACAUACGCUCAUCUACUCACACACAGAUAUACAUGUACGUACACACAACAGCACAGUGAGAGCAGUGGAAACCUGUCUUUUGUUGAGGCAUUUUGGAUUUACCCGGCAGUCUCCGUUUGUUUUGUUUCCUUUUUUAAUGUUGGUUAUGUUGUGUAUUUCCUGUCCUGUGCUGGUAAAGCUUCUGGUUUGUGUGACGGGAUCCAGCAAAUGGAUCAUUGUCCGACUACUGCCUGCUUUUUUUUUUUUGUAGCACUGAGAACACGUCAUCCCUAGUUUAAAAAAAAAAAAAAAAAGUAAAAA